AUACAUAAAUAGUCAAAGUACUGCAUGUCCACAUAUCGAAAAUGUGCUAAAUGUGUUUUAUAUCUGUAUUUGUUGCCCCUUUUUAGUCAUUUAUUUAUUGCUUUCACACAGUUUGACGUUAAGAGAGUAAGUGACACGGGGGAAUGGAUCCUUCUGUGUUCAACCUUCUUUUCCGAUGUUGAUUUUAAUUGUGAAUCGAUACGCGGAAGCUCGUGCUCGUGAGCCAGUCACAUGACUGGUUUCCUGCCAGAGCAGUAAAUACUACGCGAGCUAGCAGGCUAUUCGGCUACUCCCCGUUUUAGCAGCAUUUACAAUGUUCUACCGCAGGUUAUUUAACUUCGCCGGUUGACAGUUCAGAAAGCCUUGGGUGCACGGUGCGUUUCGACGGGGCAUCGAACCGCCGGCUCCGCUUCGUGUCACGAGGAGGGCUCGUCGGCUUAUUCGAAUCGGCGGCCAGUUAGCUUAGCUUAGCUGAGCUAGCUUCGCGGGUUAGCUCGACGCUAGCGAGCCCAGUUAGCGUCCGGAGGAGGCUCCGUGGCCAGUGACUAUGCAAGGGGAAGCCGCGGCUUUACGAUCCACGGAAACCGAAGGCAAGCUGGACGUAGCCCCACAGACCAGGACGCCUAGCUCGGGGCGAGCCAGUGCCAAAAGCUGGCAGUAUAGUGACCACAUGGAGAACAUUGAUGGCUACUUGAUGAAAUACACCAACCUUGUGACAGGGUGGCAGUACAGGUUCUUUGUCCUGAACAAUGAGGCGGGCGUGCUGGAGUACUUCGUCAACGAGCAGUCGCGGCCCCAGAAGCCCCGCGGCAUGCUCCCCCUGGCAGGGGCCGUCAUCUCCCCCAGCGACGAGGACUCCCACACCUUCACCGUCAACGCCAUCAGCGGGGAGCAGUACAAGCUGCGGGCCACCGAUGCCAAGGAGAGGCAGCACUGGGUGAGUCGACUGCAGAUCUGCACGCAGCACCACACGGAGGCCAUGGGCAAGAGUAAUCCUCCACCCAAGUCCCGGAGCUACUCGAUGGCGUCCCAAGGCAGCGGCAGCUCUCCCAUGUCGCUACGCCGGCCCAGCCAAAACCCUGCCGCCUUAUUCGGCUGGUCGCAGGUCAACAAGGGCUCGUCCCUCUACUCCAGCAAGAGGUCCCUGCUGCCGGACCACCUGAUGGACGCCAGAGAGAUGAUGACCCAGGCCCAGGGCCAACACAGAGACCUUAUCCAGAGCAUCGAGGGCCUGCCUCCAGCCCCUGGUUUCUCCCCUCUAGACCAGGAUCUGCUGAUGCUGAAGGCCACCUCCAUGGCCACCAUGAACUGCCUCAACGAGUGCCUGCACAUCCUCCACCUGCAGCAGGUGGCCAGACAGAGGGGCUCCCUGGGAGGACCCACCAUCGAGUGGCUGGAGCCCAAGCUGCCCGACAUCCUGAAGAACGGCAGCAGUUCCCUGGGCAGCUUCGCCCCCGGGGGGGGCCCGCUGGAGGGGAGCGGCCUGGAGCUCAGCAGCCCCGAGUCCUGCAGCUUCUCCGGGGAACAGGAAGACAUCGAUGCAGAGGAUGAGGCAGAGGACUCCUUCACUGACAAGGAGGAGGACCUGGGUGCUGUGGAGGAGGAACGCAGCGUCAUCUUACACCUGCUGUCCCAGCUGAAGCUGGGUAUGGACCUCACGCGGGUGGUCCUCCCCACCUUCAUCCUGGAGAAGCGCUCUCUGCUGGAGAUGUACGCUGACUUCAUGUCGCACCCGGACCUCUUUGUCACCAUCACGGACGGCGGCACCCCGGAGGACCGCAUGGUCCGCUUUGUGGAGUACUACCUCACGUCCUUCCACGAGGGACGCAAGGGGGCCAUCGCCAAGAAGCCCUACAACCCCAUCAUCGGCGAGACCUUCCACUGCUCCUGGAAGGUACCCAGGAGGCCAGAAGCCUCCAAGGAGCCCUCGCAGGGGAGCCCCGACCCGGCCGCCUCCCAGGACCCCCCCUACCAAGUGCGCUUUGUGGCGGAGCAGGUGUCCCACCACCCGCCCGUGUCCGGCUUCUACGCCGAAUGCCAGGAGAGGCGCAUGUGUGUGAACACGCACGUGUGGACCAAGAGCAAGUUCAUGGGGAUGUCCAUUGGCGUGACCAUGAUAGGAGAAGGUUGUCUUUAUUUGAUGGAGCACGACGAGGAGUACACGUUCACGCUGCCCAGUGCUUAUGCUCGCUCCAUCCUCACCGUUCCCUGGGUGGAGCUGGGCGGCAAAGUCAGCAUCAACUGCGCUAAAUCCGGCUACUCGGCGGUCAUCACGUUCCAGACGAAGCCGUUCUACGGUGGCAAAUUACACAAAGUCACGGGGGAGGUGAAGCACAACGGCACCAACGCGGUGGUGUGCCGCGUGCAGGGCGAGUGGAACGGCGCCCUGGAGUUCAGCUACGCCGGCGGGGAGACCCAAGCGGUCGACGUCACCAAGCUGCCCGUCUCCAAGAAGAGCGUCCGGCCGAUCGAGAAGCAGGGGCCGACCGAAUCCAGGCGCCUGUGGCAGCACGUGACCGAGGCCUUGCGGCAGAAGGACAUCGAGAAGGCCACGGAGCACAAGAGGAUGCUGGAGGAGAGGCAGAGGGCGGAGGAGAGGCACCGGGCUGAGACUGAGACGGCUUGGAGGACCAGACACUUUGACCGAGAGGGCGAAGGUUGGGUCUAUCACAAACCGCUUUGGAAAGCCCCUGCACCCAAAUCCUAGUUCCUUCAGGCUGUGUCAUGGAUGUUGAUAUUGUAGAUUCAGGUGUGUGUGUGUGUGUGUGUGUGUGUGUGAGUGAUAGAGAUUGUUGUAAACAGAGAGCAUGACCUGCACUGACAUACAGACUGAUUGCACCAUGGGGAGAAGGACAGACGGCACGGCUGGAGGUGUUCUGGAUUCUCACUCAUGACUUUCACCAAGCCUCAGAGUACAAGCUUUGUGCUUUUUUUUAUGAUCCAAUGUAAAUGAAUACGUAUUAUUGUACAGGUAUAAAGGUACUUGCACAGCCUUAAGAUAGUCUGAUGAGUGCCUGGAGAUCUUCUGAUGGGUUAGGGUCUUCUUCAGGCGACUUCCAACAUGAGGAAAAACUUGAUAAAUGUAACCCUAUGAAAUGUAGUAAACUUGCAGUGUAUGAUUCCAUCUAUGUUAAAGCGACUGUAAACUUUGCUUCAAAGUGUUUCUCUAGACAAAAACAUUAACUAACCAAACAUUUUUAGGUAGUAGCUUUUUAAAAUAUCUCAAGAACUGUAAGCUUUGUUCUUAUCAGAUUUAAAUUUAUCAGAUUUAAUUGAGGAGAGCCCAAAAAAAAGACUAAAACUGAAAUCUUAAAUGUGAAGAAAGCAAAGAGAUUGUUCAUGUGGCAAGACGUCACAUCGGAGAGAGAGGAAAUCAGGGCCUUUAAACCUUAAAAUCACUUACUUUAACUUUCUAUCUCCAGGCAUAAGAGGAAAUGCCCCCCCCCCCCCCUCUGCCCCCACAAGGUAAAUCACCGCUGGGCUCAUGGUGUGUAGACUUGGUGGCAUGCCCCUCUAACCAGGCGUUCCUUACAUGUGACUCAACGUGUCCACUCUACAAUUUAAACAUUUAUCGGUAAACUGAUGGAAAUGAAGUGGUGAAUCUACCUGGCGUGUCGAACUGUUGACGCAGUGACUGAGACGUCACAGACGAGUGGACAAUGGCUCAAGUCGCGAUCGAGUCCCCGUGUGAAAUAAAUCUCCGGAUGGCCGCCCCCAUUUUUCAUGUCGCUCGUCUUUUUAGUCCUCGGGUCUUUUGCGGUGGAUGGAAAGACUCCCGACGUGCAUGACGCAUUACUUACAUUUAGAAUUGUCCUGUGGUAAAAGCUUUUAACCAAACUUGCUUCUUUUGUAAUGGAAAUAAAUAUUUUCUUUGGAGUAUUCAGCCCCAAUCUUUGUGCUUCCAUUGCUCUUCUUUUUAGAGCCACUUUUUUGUAUCAACGUUAAUAUUUAGAAGUCCAUUUACUCUUUUGGAAGCAAUUUCAAUCUAGUUAUUAUAUCUACAGCGAUGACGCCUCUGAUGAGCUCCGCCCUCUAUGUCUCGGUGCCUUAUGCAAACUGUGUCUUUCAUCUUCCAUUGGGCUGACUGAAGCAACAACAUGUGUUUUAUUUGUCUGUGUGUUGUUUUAAUGAUCUGCAAUAUUUUGAAAGGGGGCCUUGGUUUGGGAUACUGGUUGUCUUGGUGACCAAUUUACAUGCAUGGACAUCAAAGGAAACCUUAUGUAGAAAAAUGGAAAUGUGGAAAAUAAUAAAAUAAAUUGCGUAGAAGUUG